AUGGCGCAGAACAAUCCAAGGUGGUUCGACGUGUGCUUCAUGCAAAAGAUCCUGCAACAAAUUGAAAAAGAUGAGUCAAUCAAGAUAUGUGGUAUAACCGAACAGCCGAUUACAUCCGUAGGGGAGAAUUACGCUGGGGAAUUACAUCGUGUUUCCGUAGAGUUUACACGAGUUGGAGGUAAGCACAGGGUUCAAGAGAAGAGAUUUUUCAUCGCCAAGGUCGUGCCUGCCAUUCCAUGGUAUGAGAAAUUGAUAUCCGUGGGGGGACAUUUUAACACGGAAUCUCUUAUGAUGACGGAUACUUUGCCGAAGAUGAACCAUGCUCUGGUGAAAUUGGGAAUGGCACCCCUGUCCGCGCAAUGCUUGUAUGCCCAGCUCGCGAAACCGACCCACCUACUGAUAGAGGAUCUGUCACCGAGAGGCUUUCGUACGGCCGAUCGUCUAAAUGGUCUUGAUCUGGAACACUGCAUACUCGCCAUGCGAGGCCUCGCUGUGUUUCACGCUACUUCGGUAGCUGUCGAGGAAAAGUUAUUUCUCACAUUUUUCGAACGCAAGUACCCAAGGACUGUGACUUCGUACAAGAAAGGACUGUUCUACAAGGACCAUCCUCUUUGGUUGACUAGCUUUUUUAACCAUGGUACAAAAUGCCUCGCAACAGAAAUAGCGAAAUGGCCGGAAAUUAAUCCGCGAAUUUCAGAAAAAAUACACAAGCUAUCUGAAGUAGCGUUCAAAGAAGGAUGCAAGGCUGCUCGAUGCCAGAAGGAUGAUUUUAACGUUCUUAAUCACGGAGAUUGCUGGACAAAUAAUAUGAUGUUUCGCUACGACGACCAAGGCAAACCAAACCUGCACAUCUUCGUGGACUUUCAACUCUGCGUUUACGGCUCGCCGGCUGUGGAUAUUCUCCACUUCCUGGCCACAAGCCCGUCCAACGACGUCCGUAAAGAUCAUCGGAAGUUACUUCUGCACGAGUAUCACGACACACUGACCAUCACCAUGGCCAAGUUCAAGUGCAAAGUGAAACCGCCAAGCUUCAAUAGACUGCGGGAGGUACUUAAAGAACGAGCGUUUCUUGAAGCACUUAUCUCCUUCACAAUAUUACCAAUUACUAUUAGCGAUCAAACUACAGUGAAGCCUUUGAACGAAUUGAUGGAACCAAACGGCGAGUAUGAGAAUCCCAGCUAUCAAGGAAAUAGGUUUAGAAAGUUAAUGACGACGUAUCUCCCAUUGUACGAUAAAAUGGGAUUGUUGCAGCCCUAGUUUGUUAAACUGUAAUUAAAUUGAGGCGCAAAAUCGUUUGAAAAGAAAAGCAAAGAUUUUCAAACAUUUUAUCUAAUGAUUGAAUUUGAUUUGACACGCUCCGAAUUUAGAGAGCAUGUAAAAGGACUGAUUAGAGAACGCGUCAAUACAAUACAAAUUUUCAUACGUCAAAAGUGUGAAACCGUACCGUGUUGGCAUUAAAAGCUAUUUCAAUCCAAAUUGUAUGUAAAUAAAAUUAUUUGUAACUUUUUCA